AUGUCUGACGUUGAAGAAAUUGUCGAAGUUCCAGCUGAAGAGUCUGGAGCCUCUUUCGAGGAUGCCUUGAAGGUUGUCCUUAGAACCGCCUUGGUUCACGACGGUUUGGCCCGUGGUCUGAGAGAAGCCUCCAAGGCUCUCUCCAGAAGAGAGGCUCAACUCUGUGUCUUGUGUGACUCUGUUACCGAGCAGUCCAUCAUUAAGUUGGUUGAGGCUCUCUGUGACGAGCCAGAAGAGAAGAUUCCUUUGAUCAAGGUUUCUGACGCCAAGAAGUUGGGUGAGUGGGCCGGUUUGUGUGCCUUGGACCGUGAGGGUAACGCCCGUAAGGUUGUCGGUGCCUCUUGUGUUGUCGUCACCAACUGGGGUGCUGACACCGAGGAGAGAAACCAGAUCUUGGAGUUCUUUGCUUCCCAAUAA